AUGGAAUCGUGUUAUGGAACUAGAUCCUUCCCUCAGUUGAUCGAUCUCCCUGGUGCGUGGCAUGGGAACCGGUUCUCCCACGAGUCAGAGUACGUAUACAAUCUCAGCUCCCAGGAAGUUGAGGAAAUCGAGAACGCUCUCUGUCACUUCAAAGCCCUUGGCCUAGAUGGGGACUUGAUCUGCCGGCAGAACUUUCCACUUCCGACAGUUGGGAAAAGCCUUGAUCGUAUACGGCUAGAUGUUCAUGAGGGGAAGGGUUUCGGUUUGGUCCGAGGAAUAAAUCCCUUGGACUACGGUGUUCAAUCGUACAUCGCCAACCUUCGAGGUCGACAGGAUGAGAAGGGAAAUAUGUUGGUCCAUGUCGUGGCCGACAACUCUUCUAAUCUUUCUAGUCAGCAUCAUCGCCACUCGACAUCGGAAAUCACGUUUCAUAACGAGGAGUCUGGAGACAUUGUGAGCUGGCUGACACGGAGUGCCGCAGCCUCAGGUGGGAGAUGCAUCAUCGCUUCAGGGUAUGCGGUAUACAAUAUCUUGGAUCGACACCACCCCGCAUCUAUACACCAGCUUUCUCAGCCUAAGUGGGUUUUUGCAAAGUAA